CAUCUGUGAGAAAGAGACACUGCAGUGGUCGGAAACACAAAGAGAAUGUGAAAGACUACUACCAGAAAUGGAUGGAAGAGCAGGCCCAGAGCCUGACUGACAGAACAACGGCUGCAUUUCAACAAGGAAACAUACCUCCAGCUCCAUUCUCUGCUCCUCCUCCUCCUGCAGGGGCCAUGAUCCCACCUCCCCCCAGUCUCCCAGGUCCUCCUCGCCCUGGCAUGAUGCCUGUAACCCACAUGGGAGGCCGUCCCAUGAUGCCAAUGAUGGACCCUCCUCCUCCUGGGAUGAUGCCCGUGGGACCUGCUCCUGGAAUGAGGCCACCCAUGGGAGGCCACAUGCCCAUGAUGCCCGGGUCUCCAAUGAUGAGACCUCCUGCUCGGCCCAUGAUGGUGCCCACUCGGCCUGGCAUGACUCGGCCAGACAGAUAAGAGCAGAAAGGCUCUUUAUCAGUUUUGUACUUCUUGUUCUGUUUCACCAGGGGAUGACGGUGCUGAGCCUGAGUGUUUUCUAGCUGCAUGACAGGAAGGCUUCCCCUUCUGAACACAGAGAAGUGGGGCAAAAAAAGUGCGGCUUUCACUGAUAUUGUGAAAUGUGAAAAUAAAAUUG